AUGCACAGAACAUACUCCUUAAGAAACUCCAGAGCUCCAACUGCUUCGCAGCUGCAAAAUCCAGCUCCACCUCCAGCCACAACUAAAAACCGGUUUUUUGGACGUGGCGGGUUGGCCAAUUCGCUACGUAAAAACACAGCCGGUGCUUUUGGCCCAGAAUUGGCACGCAAACUAUCACAAUUGGUGAAGGUGGAAAAAAACGUGCUGCGGUCCAUCGAAGUGGCCGCCAACGAACGUCGUGACGCGGCCCGCCAGUUGUCCGUUUGGGGUCUAGAAAACGACGACGACGUUUCCGAUAUCACCGACAAACUAGGUGUGCUCAUCUACGAAAUCAGUGAAUUGGACGACCAGUUCAUCGACCGUUACGACCAAUACCGUCUAACUAUCAAGUCUAUCCGUGAUAUUGAAGGCUCAGUGCAGCCCUCUCGUGACCGCAAGGCCAAAAUUACCGACAAAAUCGCUUAUCUCAAGUACAAGGACCCUGCCUCCACCAAGAUCGAAAUUCUCGAACAGGAGCUGGUGCGUGCUGAAGCCGAAUCUCUGGUUGCCGAGGCCCAGCUUUCCAACAUUACCCGUUCCAAGCUACGUGCUGCUUUCAACUACCAAUUCGACUCCAUUGUUGAACACUCCGAAAAACUAGCCCUUAUCGCAGGCUACGGUAAGGCGCUGCUCGAGCUCUUGGACGACUCUCCAGUCACUCCAGGUGAAACCCGUCCAGCUUACGACGGCUACGAAGCUUCCAAGCAGAUCAUCAUCGAUGCUGAAACUGCUUUGAACGAAUGGACCUUGGACGCCGCCCAGGUGAAGCCUAGCUUGUCUCUCAGACACGGUGACUACGACUACGAAGAAGAUGAAGAAGAAGUUGACCAUCUAGCUGAAGUGCCCGAAUCCACUGAACAGCACUGGGUCGAUGAAGAGCCUGCUCAUGCCACUGCUUAG